GUUCCCUCUCCCGUUUUUCUCUCCCGUUCUUUUUCCCAUCCUCUCUCUCACCCAUUCUCUCCUUUCCCGCAUUUAUCCAAUUCCUCCUAAUGGCGGAAACAUUACUACUGGGUCUAGGUCUGCUGAGGUGAUCUCGCUCGGUGCAGUGUGCCUAACGGAUACCACAGUUCCGAUUGUAACUGUCGUAUCGUAUUGUACUAACGCCACACCGCCGGGGUCCCCCGGGGCGGAAAAGCGGACCCCCUUUUGCGGACCCCCUCUUCCGUCCCCCAGGCUCCUGGCCCCCGUGACCACCCUGCUGGGCUUCAAGCUGACGAUGGUCCUGGGGUUCACCCUGUCCGCGUCCGUCAACGGUUCCCGGUGUGCGGCCUUCCUCAUCCGACAGGGAGACGUGGAGGUCGUCCGCAGCGAGAUGCUUCUGACCAGACUCGCGGAUUCGCUGUCCGAGACCCUUCCGCUCCCGCUGGAGGCGGGAGACUUACUGAACUCUCUCUUAUCGGCGUCGAUAUCGGAGAAGGCGGGAGACUCUUUCCAGUCGCUCGUGGACCCCAUCAACGCCUGUGACAGCGCGGCCACAGAGGGAAGACCACUGAGCUACUCUCUCCUGGAGGUGAAGUUUACCGAGGCCUGCUUUCUGAGCGUCUACUGUACCAAAGUGACGUACGGCCGGACGGCCCUGGCCGUCCCCGCGGGCCCCGCGGCCCUGCCCGGCCGAAGGGCCGGCCUGGUGGCCGUGCUGGCCCCCACCGUCAUCGGAACCAUGCUCUCCUGCGUCGUGUCCGCCUCGUCGCUCAAGAGGAACGACUACACCCUGGUGAUCCGGAAUACGUCCCUGGCCUUCCCGGCGAAGAACACGGCCAUCCUGACGUACGCGACCUCGGUCAGGGGGUCGGGCCGCAGUCCGGUAACGGUGACCACCGUUCUUGAGAUCGCCUACAACACGGUGGUGAGCAGCAGCACACUGGAGACGGCCCUGAGGAUGAACAGAGCUACGCACAGCGCUGAGGAUCCCGACGUGUUGGCCGCGCUGAUCCCUUGGUGUGAGGAACAGUCCAAGAAAGUCUUCGGCAACGUGCGGGCCAUGUUUUCGAGGGUGAACCUGCCUCCCGCGCCGGUGCUGGGAUCGUUUGCCGGUGGCUCGGCCGAGCCCGAUAAGGACGGGGCUGUGGUGGUCACCUGCCUCAAUUAACCCGCCGGGAGGAGGCCGGGGUCCAGCUGGGGCCACGCCGAGGGGCUCGCCCGCGUCCCCCUCCCUCCCGGCCCGCUUCCGCUCAAGGCCGGCCCCCCAACCAACGUACUCUCCCCACCCCUUCCCUGUCGGCGGCCAGCGAGGCUGCCCACCGGGGUGGGGGG